AUGGCGAUGGAGCAACUGUAUGGGGAUUACGAUUCAUCGUAUAACGAGCUUCAAGGUUGGAUAGCUGCUAUGCAGGAGUACAAUGGGGGGCAGCAAGUCGACCAGAUUCAGGCGGGACAUGUGUUUGUCGAACAUGUGAGGGAUGCAAUGGUCGUAAACCGUCGGUUGGCGAGGUCAAUGAACGUGGAAAUGUAUUCACGACGACUGGAAACGUUUCAAGUUACUGAGAACAUCGGUCGUCGAACUAGGUCCUACGGAGUUGAUCUCCGGAACAGACGGUGCGAGUGCAGGAAGUUCAAAACACUUCAUUAUCCCUGUGCGCAUGUCGUGGCAGCGUGUGCUAAAGUCAACCUUGAUGCUGAACAAUAUGUCGAUGAUGUGUACACGCUGGAGUGCACAUUGCGUGUCUGGGAGAAUGAGUUCCCCGUCUUGCCGGACCUAUCUACGUGGGAGGUGCCGCCGAUCACUUUUGAGCUUCUCCCAGACGCAGGGCUACGGAGGAAUCCAAGAGGUCGUCCGCAGUCAAGCAGAAUCCUUAAUGAGAUGGACAUUAGGGAGAAAUCUGACGAAAAGCGUUGUGGAAUAUGUAGGUUAAGUGGUCAUAGCCGGAAUAAAAGCCCUAACCGAAACUUUCAUGUCGGGCAGUCGUCGGGAUCAGGGCGAAAUUGA